UUCGAAGGAAACGUUGGUGCUCCGGGUGGUUCUGCUCUACAAGCAGUUUUACAUUGGACAUAUCGGUCCCUUAGUCGUGGACCAAACUCCCUGUUUGAACAAUUGAAAGCGGUUAGUUUUGACAUAGAAUUUUCAGUGAAAAUGUUAGGAAAUCUUGCUUUUCAGGUCGUUCCCGAUCCGCAUGAGUACAUUUCUGUUUGUUCAUUACGAACUUAUGAUAUGCUUUGUGGAAAAUUAAUGUCUGAACUCAUUUAUAUUCAUUGCAAAUUGCUUAUUGUUGACGACGAGCAUGUAAUCAUCGGAUCCGCCAACAUCAAUGAUCGGUCUCAGGUGGGUAACCGAGAUUCUGAAGUGUGCCUUUUAUACACGGAUACUCAAAAAGAGAAAUCAGUAAUGAAUGGACGACCAUACGAAGCGGGAAAGUUUGCAAAAUCUCUGCGAUUGCAGUGCAUGAAGGAACACCUUGGCCUCCUUCCUGACUCUCGAAGGCCUGCUAAGUUCAAAUAUGAUGUCUCUUGCGACGAUCCCGUUUCCGAAUCAUUCUUCGUAGAUGUCUGGCAAAAAACUGCACACUCCAAUAUGAACAUAUACGAAGAGGUAAACCAAUACGAUUCAUGA